UUUUCUUAUCGGACCUUCGGUGACCGCUACUGCAAAAUCAAUUCCAAAUAUCUCAUCGUUGGGCGCACAAUCGCUGGCCUGAGCAUUUCCGCCAGUACAAUAACUUGCAUGUGCUUGGUUCCCCGGCCGUGUCCCCGAUUGGCCCAUCGCCCGGAAAGAGUGCGGUGCCGAUUCUCAUUGGAAUUAAUCGGUCUGCCAGCGUCCGCAAACCUCAUUCCCAUCGUCGGCCUGGAAUGGCUAUGUCUGUCCCCAGGCCGUGUGCUUGUGGGCUGGCACGGUGCUUCCGCGACAUGUUCUCGAUCAACUUGGUUAUAUCUUCCUUUAGAUCGCUUUCCAUAUUCAAGCUAUUCGCAGUGUUACAAAGAUGGACUCGCGUUCCCCAGACCAGCUCCGCAUCUUGGUCUCGUUUUCGGAAUUGCGCUCGGCGGCAUAGCUACCAGCUCAAUCAGGCAACGCAUGCGCUUGAGCUUGCGAUGUCACGCCUUGACCUUCACCUUCUUGGUCGGUUUUUCCAUCCAGCAUUCAAGCAUCUCGCGGCGCCGCUUUCACUGCUUCCGCACGUAGAAAUUGCCAAACCUGUGAAGCCGAAUUCGACAUGCAAUGGAAACUGUAUUCGUGG